AUGCUUCCCGGCCCCACGCUAAAGGUCAACCCUGGCGGCAGAAUUGACUUGACACUAGUGAACGACCUGGGAAAGGAGGGGAUGGCCAACACGACGGGUCCGAUGAACACGCUCCACGGUCCGAACAUCACGAACGUGCACUUCCACGGCAUGCACAGCGAUCCUAGGGUGGACACCCCUUUCAAAGCUGCACUCCCGGGCGAGACGCUGGUGUACAAGAUCAAUGUCCCGCGUGAUCACGAGCCGGGCCUUCACUGGUACCAUGCGCACUCUCACGGUGCCGUCUACUAUCACGUGAUGGGUGGGAUGUUUGGGGCCAUCGAUGUGGGGGAGGGCGACUUUACGAAGACCCCAGGGCACCCCUUUCAUGGCUGGGACUCGCAGAUUCUCAUGGUGCACCUGUAUCGCCUUAACAGCUCGAAAAGGUGCGACGGGAUGCCGAUGUCAAGCCUUGACGCCGCGAUGGGCUCCCUCCUCCCGUUCGAUCCGCGUAUUGUGGACCGCAAGGGCAACGAGUACAAGAUGCCGGCGGAGCUGUUUCUUGUGAACGGCCAGCAUCGCCCGACCGUGAGGGUCAAGCGUGGCCAUCCAAUGCUGCUGCGCAUCGGCUUUGCUGCAGGCUCGUGCUACAUCAACAUGUCGCUCCCCAAGGAAUGCGCCUUCCACAUGACAGCCAUCGAUGGCGCGCAGUUGCGCCGCACUGUCGAGGUGGUGGAGGGCUGGCUGUACUUCACGACGGCAACGCGACGCAGUCUGCUCGUGUUGUGCGACGAGGAGGGGACGUAUCCGGUGUCCCACACUGACGACCUCUCAGACGCCAUCUUCUACUUGAAGUCGAAAGGGAAGCCGCAGAAGGGUCGUCGUGCUGUAGCCUUCCCCGUGGCCAUGCCCAACUACUCCCCUAGCUACUUGCAGCUCGAAGGUCCCAACACGUUCUACCGCGAGAUCUCGUUCUCGCAGCGGGACCUGCCCAUCAUAAAGCCGUACUAUGUCCUCGGCCAGGGGCCGAACUGCCAGUCGCUGCAGAAUUCGUCGACGUGCCAGUAUGGGUACUUCCAAGGUGAGAUCGGCAGGCACAUCGAGGGCUAUCACGGCUUCACGGUGCCGCUGCACGCCGUUGUGACGGCGCGCGUGUACGGUGACCCGACCGACAACCGGCCGCAUCCCCUUCACUUUCACGUCAACCAUUUCCAGUUUCUCUCCUUCGAGCCCCGCCCCGGGGGCAAUCACGAAAACGAGACCAUGGCCAUGUACGGCGUACACAGCGGCGAGUUUCGUGACACGAUUCCGAUCUUGGACGGCGUCACCACCAUCCGCUGGAAGGCGGCAACGUACGUUGGCGAGGUGGUGUACCACUGUCAUGUCUUCCAACACGAAGACCGCGGCAUGAUGAUGUCCUAUCUGGUCUACUCCCCAGGGAGCAAGGAGGGCAAGGCCGUGCAGCAAUACGAGCAGUCGCAGGCCGGCGCGUUCCUCUCGGCCUGGCCGCACCGAUCCCAUGCGUAUAGCCUUCUCUUUAUGCUCCUCCUCGCCUCCGCAGCAGCUGCGGCGUGGGGAUAUUUUCGACACCGAGGCAUGCGCGGCUCUGCCGACGCUCAAAGCGUCUUUGAUGCACAAUCAUACGCCGGAACGCCAGGGGAGCGCAUCCCCCUUCUCCAGCGGCGCGCGUGA